AUGAGCUACUUCAAGAAUCUGAGCAGGCUGGUUUCGAGGAACAGUCAGAGUUCGCAGGCCUCGAAGGAGGAAGUGUCACCGCCGUCCAGUGGUACCACGACGUCAAAGGCUUCGUACGGCGACCCAAGGAGGACGGAUACCCCGCCCCCGUCUAUCCCAGAAGACGCUAGGAAGACGCCAGAGAUCCGACGAAGGGAAUCGUUAGGCGUGAGGAUGAGCUCGGUGAUAAACUCCUCAAGCAAACGCAAGUCGGAGGAUAAAGGAUCCAAGAGGACUCGACGUGAUUCUUCCACCCCGAACCGAGUGAACACGCAUGAAAUAUGGUCGUUGCAGGCUCCGACACCGACGACGGAAACGACUACGCGGCCGAUCUCCCCUCCUGUUUCUUCUAGACCUCCGACGCCUGCGAUCGCCCGACCCGCGUCUCCAGCUGUCCGUCAUAAGGAAUCCCGGCUCCGCCUUGUCCAUCGCGGAGAGAGCGCCAAAUCGGUACUUCUCAAAGAGAAAGAACACCUCACGACACGUGUCCAUGAGCUCACCGAGCAGGUCCACACCUUGGAAGAGCGGGAAAGGACGUACCAAGCGCGAUGUAGUAACCUGGAGACCGACCUGGAUAGGGCUACGAGCAAGUACCGGAGCGCCAAGGGUGAUCUGGAGGCGCUGCUGAAGGAACACAACGCGGCGGCGGAGCAUACCGCUCGGCACAUCCAGGAGCUCACGGCGCAGAAGCAGAAGGUCGAGGCGCAGCUCCAGCAGUACGAAGCUACGGCGCAGGUCGCGCGGCAGUAUCAGGACCUCAAGGUUCGGUAUCAGCAACUUGAUAGUCGGAACCAGCACCUUGAAACCCGGAAUCAGCAGGCGGAGGCGGAGGUGCAGCAGCUGCGGGAUCAGCUGCGUGUUGCCCAGUCGACGGCGGCGGCGGCGGCGGCGGUGGUUCAACAACAGCCGUCCCGCCAGGUGCAGGAUCUGAGGACGAGGAACCAGCAGCUUGAGGCGCAGCUGCAUCAGGCGCAGGCGCAGUUGAGGCAGUACGAGUCGAAACAUUCGGAGACGACGGCGCUCCUCGAUGUGCGCACAGCGGAGCUGAAAGGGGCACAGGCGUUUUUGACCAAAGCCGACUCGUUCUCUGGGGCGGAUAUCAUCCGGAUGGUCGAGGGGUUGAACUCUGAGAUCUUCCAGUGUUGUGCGCUCGUGGCGGAGACGGUGUUUUCGGAGGAGAAUAUCCCAAAGGAGGACGAGAAGUUUGUGGCGGGGAUUAGGACUGAGCUGGCGGGAAUGCAUGGUGAAAUGUUGAUAUCCUUUUUGGCGAAGAAUGCGGUGGCGAGUCGGGAUCCCCUGCCUUUGCAAGUCGCCUUGCAGAUGCUCCUGAUCAAGUUUUGCAUCCACGUCGUCACUUCCUUCGAUCUGGACAACGCGGAACUGAAUGAGAGGCUGUCUUUCAUUUACGAACAGGUUGUGAACACAGGUGUGUAA